CAUAACCGGUUCUAAUGAUGCUAACAUUACAUCAAAUUUCAGGCUAGGCCUGUCUUGCUAUCGUUUCUCUAUUCCUGAGUUUAUCUGGGAGUAUUUGAAAUUAUCUUGUUCAUUAGAACAUCUUAAUUCCAUGUUUUGUACCAACCAUAUUUAUGAACCGAUAACUCAAGAUACUUUAACAUAUGCCAUCAAAGCUGAUUCUACUGUUGUCAUCGUUCCCUGAUAUUUAAAAUUUGAAUUGAUUAAAAAUGGACCGAACUAAUGAGUAUAAGUCGACAUUAAAAUGGAUGGAAAGUGCUUAUAUUAAUUCAAAGAAAAGUUUCACUGAUAACCGUAAACCUGAUAAUAGUUUAGAUGCAAAGGCUAAUUAUAUCAGCUUCAUGAAAUCUACUCGUGCAAUUUUCUCCGACUUAUCUAUGACCUGUAGUAAAUUGGAAAAGUUAAAUGAAUUAGCGAAGAGAAGGACGAUAUUCGACUCUGAUGAAUCAAGUGCUCAACUUAGUGAACUUGUUUAUAUUAUCAAACAAGAUGUUAACUCGCUCAACCAACAGAUUGAGCAGCUGAGACAAAAUCAAUUAGCAAAAGUGAAAGACAGUAAGCGUCAGAAUGUCGAUUCUUACUCUAAGAAUGUAGUGUUAAAUCUUCAAGAACAAUUAGCAAAUGUAAGCAGUGAUUUUAAGACAACAUUGGAAUUGCGAUCUCAGAAUAUGCAACAGCAAAAAGCUAGACGAGAACAAUUCACUGGUUCCUCAUCUUUACCAGCAAACCAUCUUCAACAAAGAAAAACUGCCUCGACCAUCAUAGAUUUUGGUGAUGAUCCAUCAUCAUCGAGUAAAUCAAGUCAACAAUCGCAGCAGCAAACACAAUUACUUUUAUACGAAGACUCUACAAACCAAUAUUUGGAAGAACGAGCAUCAACUAUGCAAACCAUUGAAUCAACUAUAGUCGAGUUAGGAGGUAUUUUCACCCAGCUGGCAACCAUGGUGCAACAGCAGGAUGAAAUGAUUAGUAGAAUUGAUGCUAACAUAGCAGAUACGAAUCUUAAUGUUGAAGCUGCUCAUCAAUCUUUACUCAGAUAUUUCCAAUCAGUUACAAAUAAUAGGUGGUUAAUGUUUAAAGUUUUCGGUGUACUCUUUGUUUUUUUCCUAUUCUUUGUUAUGUUAUCUUAAAUAGGAGUUUCAUAUAUAUUAUUUAUCUCUUAUAAUUAUUAGAUUAUUUAAAUAUUUAAGAUUCUAAAAUUCCAAUCCAAAAAACCUGUAUCAUUACAGAGUUUAAUUUUAUAUUAAUAUACCAAUGUUAAUCACUACAUAAAAAAUUGUUUCCAUUUUC